UUGCAGCUAUUUGAGAUCAAAUGCUUGCGAAGCUUGCCUCCGACUCAUUAGAUACAGCUUUCUGCUGGCUCUAUUUGUAUGACCCGAGUUGGCGUGUCGACGCCCGAGAGGAGCGUAGAGGGGCUGGCAACACGUAUCAUACGUCCCUUAUCGAAAAGGGGAAGUGGAUGGUAGACGAGCUGGCGUUGCUGCCCGAUCCUGUGCCAGAGAUAACAACGAUAUGCUGCCAGACAGCGCUCGCCUGCACGUACUUGGCCUUUUGUGGCUGUUCGCGGGCAGUCACACAGCCUGGGCAACCGCUCUGCAAGAACGAAAGCCACUUGCACGUCGCAAUUACUGCAAUCGCUUGACAGAAUGCGUCGUGAUAUGCGAGGAGAUCGACAUUGGCUGGUCAUUGCCCCCGGGCAAGAUGAUUGGCAUGUUGCCGUUCGAUUUGGCUGAAAUAUUCAUCGAUGUGCGCCCGGAGAAGUUCAAGAACAACAUCGUAUAUUGCACGGACCAGACCAGACUAAGCGGUGUCGACUGCACAGCUUUCGUCGCACAAGGCUUUCCCGAUGAAGUGGCAUUUCGAGUGAUGCAAGAUAUCCCGCUUGAAGCUGUGAACGAACCCGUGGGUGCGGCGCAGAUAUUGUCGCACUGCUGCAAGAUCUUUGCCACCAUCGAUGUCAACGUUGGCUUCACUCGACGCUUUUGGCGAUUCCGGUCCAUCUCGAGCUAUGUCCUCUGCGACUGGCAGAUCCUAGAGGAUGCACAGCGUCGGACAGACUGUGCAGGCUGGAUUCCGAAUAGAAGUGAGCAGGACGGCUGUCUCGUCAAAGGAUCGCUGAUGAUCGCGCACACAGGUACUCGAGCUAUCUGCGCAAUAGAAGCUGGCUCCUGCCAAGUUCAGCAAUUCACGGUCAGCGGGUCCCGUUGCUCCAAAACGCGUAUAUACGACGAUUGACGAGCUGUAGCCCUGUGAACCGCCCCUGCCGAUUUGGCAAUUUAAUCUCUCGACAUUGGCAUGUCGGCCUUGUUCCCGAUAUCGGGAGCUGCUGACAUGCAAGUAUCUGACUGGGCACACGUGACG